UGUUAGGUCGUGCGCCAAGAACCAUGUUCAAUUCCACUUUUCUUGUGUAAAGUGAGCAGUAACCACAAAUAAGAGCGAUGCAGAAACUGAACGUCAGCUAGAGCCCGAAGUUCAAAGCUUAAUUUCAACAACUCAAAGGAAACGUUCUUUGCCAAUGCUGAAAUCGUAUCGGGAAUGCUUCAGUUAUGUUGGAUAUUGUUUCAGUUCACUUUUCUCGGAGUUCUCGGAAUUCAGAUGGUUAAGGUGGAGGAUUUUAUAACAGGAAUCGCUGGGAAUGAAGUCCGACUGCCUUGUUGUUUUACCUCUGACACCAGGAACCUGAAUUUGGUGCAGAUCACGUGGUUGAAGAAAGCUGAGACCGGGAACGUGAACUUGGCUGUGUACAACCCACAGUUUGGGACUAGUUAUCCCGUUGGCUCGAAUAGAUUUAGUUUGACCAAUACCACUCCUGCAGACUGCACGCUGACCAUCGACCCCUUGCAGCUGGGUGACGAAGGCCUCUACUACUGCGAAGUUAAUACAUUUCCCAACGGCAAGCAUGAAUCCAAAACAAAUCUGACUGUUCUAGUGAAACCUUUGACUGAGUUGUUAGUGGUCCCAGCAGUUGCUUCAUUCUCCGAAGCACCAGUCGCCCACUGUACGGCAGCCAAUGGGAAACCAGCCGCAGUUAUAAGUUGGAGUGACAGAAUUCCAGGGAACGCCACGUUUAUAAGGAUGGAAAACGCAAAUGGAACGGUGACCAUUCUCAGCCAGUACAGAAUCAUGCCAACCAGGAUGGACGAUGGGAAGAAUGUGACCUGCCUUGUGUCGCACAACGCAUUCACCAACGUAAUGGAUUUGACUGUGGCGUUGUCAAUUAGGUACCGACCAGAAGUAACAAUUAGAGGGUACAAUGGCAACUGGUAUGUAAAGAGUUCUAACCGUAGCCUGGAAUGCCUUGCCAAGGCAAAUCCUCCAGUUACGAGCUACCACUGGACAAUGUCGACCGGGUUCUUGCCUCCUACCGUUCAUGUCAAAGAUAAUCACCUGUUUAUAACACAGAUCGAUUACUCUGUUAAUGGCACAUGGAUCUGUGAAGCAACAAAUGUGAUUGGAAAAGGAAGGAGUGAAAUUUCAGUUGUGGUAAAAGAGAUGGACUCAAGAGUUGCAGGUCAGCUUUUUGCUUCCACCCUGGUCUAUAUUGUCGUAGGGACGCUGGUCACAGUGCUGCUCAUAGUUGCCUUAAUAACCAUAAUGGUAAUGAAAACAAGACGGAAGACUAGUGCCACCAGAAAAGAAGUAAAAGUUCAUCCAGCAAACGACCGUGAAUUUGCUGUUUUAGCGACUCUAAACGUUAAGGUUGUAGACAAUGCCAGUUCUUCAAGCAAAGAAGCUCGUAACCAAGAAGCAACAGUUGUUGCUGAUUUAAGCAUUGAUUAGAUUCGGCCUGCUUAUUAUGAGGCAAUCGCUUAAAGCUAAGGACACUAUCGGACAUCCGCAACUCACGCCUAUGCUGCUGCGAUUCGUUAAUAUAUAAAUGGACUGACACUGCGAAAUAAAUCCAGAAUUACUUUCCAGAUUAUCUCAAAUUGGAAGCGGGGCUGUGUUGUCUUUAUGCAGAUUCAUAAUCCCAGAAAUAACCUAGCAUUGUUGUUUUUAUUAUUUAUUUGUCAACAAAUCACUUAUUUCAAGGGCUUAGAGCUGCAGACAGGAGAGAAAUGCACUACCUCUAUUAAGAGCAAUAAAUCUCAUUGUCCUUUGUGACAC